CGGCGUGUCUGGUGCCGUGUCUGGUGCCGUCGUAGCGUCAUGGCGAGGAAGCGCAAAGCCUCCGUCCCGGUGGCCGCCGCCAGCAAGAAGCGCCCCGGGGGGCAGAGGGCCGAGGUGAAGAAGAAGGAGGAGGAGGAGGAGGAAGAUGAAUUUGAAGAGAAGAAGCCCAGUAUAAAGAAGAACAAACCCAAAGUUCCAAAUACAAAGAAGAAAGAAGACUCCGAUCCUGGAGUUUCCAAGUCAGCAAAUAAACAUUCAAAACAAAAAGGGGUAAAAUUGCAAGCAAAAGAAAAUAAAAAAGUCACAGAAAGUAAAGGAAAUCAUAGCAAAGAGCAAUCCUGCAGUGACUCACUGAAGCCCCCUCAGAGGGAGACAAAGUUGAAGAGAGAAUCUCCUGUUAAAAAAGAGAUGGAUGAAGACAAUACUGAUGACAAUGAGGACGACAAUGAUGAUGAAAGUGAAGAUGAAUGGGAGGAUGUGGAAGAACUCCAGGAACCUGCUACAGAUAAGUUAGGAGAAGCUGCUGUUCUUUCGGCAGUGGCGCUGCCAAGCAAUCCAGUUGAGAUAGAGAUUGAAACGCCAGAACAACUUAAGAAAAGAGAGAGAAGAGAAAAAAGGAAAGCUGAGUUUGAGACCUAUCUUCGGAGAAUGAUGAAACGUUUCAGCAAGGAGGUUCGUGAGGACACACAUAAGGUUCACCUCUUGUGUUUAUUAGCGAAUGGCUUCUAUAGGAACAGGAUCUGCAGCCAGCCAGAUCUUCAUGCCAUUGGUCUGUCCAUCGUCCCCACACACUUCACAAAAGUGCCUGCAGGCCAAGUGGACAUUCUCUACCUUUCCAACUUGGUGAAAUGGUUUAUUGGAACCUUCACUGUCAAUGACGAGCUUUCCACUGAAAAAGGAGAGUCCCUUCAGUCAACCUUGGAGAGGCGCUUUGCCAUCUAUGCUGCACGAGACGAUGAAGAGUUGGUUCAUAUAUUUUUAAUUAUUCUCCGAGCAUUACAACUACUGUGUCGCCUUGUGCUGUCUCUUCAGCCCGUUCCUCUCAAGGAGACAACAGCAAAGGGAAAAGGCUCAUCCAAGAGGCAGUCACUCAGCAGUACCUCUGAAGGGCGGGAAAGCUCUGGCACAACACCCAAAGCCGUGGCAAAAAAAUGCCCCUGCAAAAAAGCCAAGAAGGAUGAGAAAUCCUCAGGAGGUGAAGAAGACAACAAGGAGCCAAAGAAACCCAGAACUGCUCGGACCAUAAGGAAACACAAGUCAAAGCUGACUUCAGGCAGCCAGGAGCAGAAGGAAAUUAGUAAUGAGGAGGGUGGUGUAGGGGAAAAAGAUGUGCCCGUCAGGCCCAAGAAUGAUCGCAGGAGACGAGUGGCCUCCAAAGUGUGCUACAAAGAAGAGAGUGGAAGUGAUGAGGCCAGUGUUUCUGACUUUGAGGUUUCAGAGGAGGAGAGUGAUCUCUCUGAUGAGGAUUUUGAAACUGUAUCUAAAAAGCAGAGAAUAUCAUUGGGCUCCCAGAAAUCAAAGCUAACGUCUAUCAAAAGCCCCAAAACUGAGACCUUAGAAUCAAAGCAGUCCAAAAAUUGUUCUGGAGUUGAGCCCAGACCAGCCAAAAGCACAGCUCCAGCAUUGCCUCAUGCACCGAGAAAGAGGAACAAAAUCAUUUCUAGUGAUGAGGAUGAUGGACAGCAGGCGGUAAGGAAAGUGGUUGGCACAGACCAGUGGCUAGAGGUUUUCCUUGAGCGUGAGGACAAGUGGGUGUGUGUGGACUGUGUUCAUGGCAGUGUUGGCCAGCCCCAGCAGUGCUUCACAUAUUCCACAAAGCCACUUUACUACAUUGUGGGAUUUGACAACGAUGGGAGCGUCAAGGAUGUGACGCAAAGAUACGACCCUGUUUGGAUGACCACAACGAGGAAGAACCGCGUGGACCCUGAGUGGUGGGAGGACACGCUGCAGCCAUAUAGAAGUCCCUUUGUGGAAAGAGACGAGAAGGAGGAAAGGGAGUUUCAAGUGAAGCUUCAAGAUCAACCUCUACCAACAGCAAUUGGAGAGUACAAGAACCACCCUCUUUAUGCACUGAAGAGGCAUCUCUUGAAGUAUCAGGCGAUCUAUCCUGAGUCAGCUGCUAUCCUAGGGUACUGCAGGGGAGAGGCCGUCUACUCCAGAGAUUGUGUACACACACUCCACUCCAAGGACACUUGGCUAAAGCAGGCUCGAGUGGUGAGGAUUGGAGAAGUACCUUACAAGAUGGUGAAGGGAUAUUCCAACCAGGCAAGGAAGGCACGCCUUGCAGAGCCUGCAAACCAGGACAAAGAGGACCUGGCACUGUUUGGUCGCUGGCAGACAGAGGAGUACCAGCCGCCUAUAGCAGUGGAUGGAAAGGUUCCUCGGAAUGAGUAUGGAAACGUCUAUCUCUUCUUGCCAUCCAUGUUACCUGUUGGCUGUGUGCAGCUCAGACUCCCCAACCUGAACAGAUUGGCACGGAAGCUGGACAUUGACUGUGCUCAAGCAAUCACAGGAUUUGAUUUUCAUGGUGGCUACUCGCACCCAGUUACUGAUGGUUACGUUGUUUGUGAAGAAUAUAAAGAGGUGCUCAUUGCUGCCUGGGAGAAUGAACAAGCAGAAAUAGAAAAGAAGGAGAAGGAGAAGCGUGAGAAGAGAGCUCUGGGGAAUUGGAAGUUGCUGACAAAAGGACUUCUCAUCAGAGAGAGACUAAAGCAACGCUAUUCCAUCAAGACUGAGCCAUCUGCACCUGAGGCAGAGAAAGGAGCCGGAUUCUCCUCUGAUGAAGAAGGAGGUCCAAGUUCAGGAACUGCAGGAGGGGAUGUGGCAGUUUCUUGGCCCCGAAAUCGCCAGGCAGAGAAGCAGAAGGAAGAGCAGACAACCAAAAAGAGCAAGCGAGAAAAGAAGGGAGAGGCAGCACAGUUGUUUCCUUUUGAGAAACUGUGAUUGGAACAAGCAUUUCUUUACCAUUUCUAGAUGCAAGAACAGAACUGUCACAACAAAUGUAUCCCAUGCCAGUUAAGGACUUCUUAGUGUUCUGUGCACUUGUGUUUCUGAGCUAUCAGGGCCCAACCUAAUUCAGCAUCACAAAUGUCUUUUGCUGUUGUAGAUGAUUAAGUUCAUCCCUUUAUCCUUGGACUUAGGAGAAGCAGAUGCAGAGGUAGACCUUCUAAGAUCUCUAUAUGAUCUUUUUUGUUCUCUUUUGUAAGUAUGAUUCAGCACUGUAAUAAAUCCAUUUUCUGAGGCA